AUGUUAUUGUGCACCUCACAGUAUCCGCAGGAAAAAACCCACGGACCAAAGGUGCCCGCAGAGCUGCGAGUCAACAUCUGGCUGGGCUUAAGUGCUGUUGAGAAGAAAUUCAAUAGCUUCGCAGAAGGAACAUUCACCGUCUUUGCUGAAAUGUAUGAAAAUCAAGCUCUUAUGUUUGGAAAAUGGGGCACUUCUGGAUUAGUGGGUCAUCAUAAAUUUUCUGAUGUCAUAGGAAAAAUAAAACUCAAGAGGGAAUUCUUUUUGCCUCCGAAAGGCUGGGAAUGGGAAGGAGAGUGGAUAGUUGAUCCUGAAAGAAGCUUGCUGACCAAGGCAGACGCGGGGCACAUGGAGUUCACGGACGAAGUGUACCAGAAUGAGAGCCGCUACCCCGGGGGUGACUGGAAGCCAGCUGAGGACACCUAUACCGAUGCGAAUGGUGAUAAAGCAGCAUCACCUAGCGAGCUGACAUGCCCUCCAGGAUGGGAAUGGGAAGAUGACGCAUGGGUAUACGAUAUAAAUCAUGCAGUGGAUGAGAAAGGCUGGGAGUAUAGAAUUACCAUUCCUCCUGAUACUAAACCCAAAUCUUUGGUUGCAGCAGAGAAAAUGUAUCAUACUCAUAGACGACGAAGGCUAGUCCGAAAACGCAAGAAGGAUUUAACACAAAGCACUGCAAGCAUUGCAAGGGCCAUGGAAGAAUUGGAAGACCGGGAGGGCUGGGAAUAUGCUUCUUUAAUUGGCUGGAAAUUUCACUGGAAACAGCGUAGCUCAGAUACCUUCCGCCGUAGACGCUGGAGAAGGAAAAUGGCUCCUUCAGAAACACACGGUGCGGCCGCCAUCUUUAAACUGGAGGGCGCCCUCGGUGCAGACAUGACCGAGGACGGAGACGAGAAGAGUGUGGACAAGCAGAAGUAUAGUGCCACCACUGUAUUUGGGGCAAACACUCCCAUUGUUUCCUGUAACUUUGACAGAGUCUACAUUUACCAUCUGCGCUGCUAUAUCUAUCAAGCCAGAAACCUCGUGGUUCUAGACAAGGAUAGUUUUUCAGAUCCAUAUGCACAUGUCUCCUUCCUCCAUCGAAGCAAAACCACUGAGAUCAUCCACUCGACCCUGAAUCCCACAUGGGACCAGACAAUUAUAUUUGAUGAAAUCGAAAUCUAUGGGGAACCCCAGACAGUUCUACAGAACCCACCCAAAGUUAUCAUCGAACUUUUUGACAAUGACCAAGUGGGCAAAGAUGAAUUUUUAGGACAAAGCAUGUGCUCUCCUCUGCUAAAACUAAACUCAGAAAUGGAUGUCACACCCAAACUUCUCUGGCACCCUGUAAUGAAUGGGGACAAAGCCUGUGGGGAUGUCCUUGUAACUGCAGAGCUGAAUCUAAGGCACAAGGAUGGUUCCAAUCUUCCCAUCCUUCCCUCACAAAGGGCACCAAAUCUAUACAUGGUCCCACAAGGGAUCAGGCCUGUGGUCCAACUCACUGCUAUUGAGAUUCUAGCUUGGGGCUUAAGAAAUAUGAAAAACUACCAGAUGGCUUCUAUCACCUCUCCCAGCCUCAUUGUGGAGUGUGGAGGGGAAAGGGUAGAAUCAGUGGUGAUCAAAAACCUGAAGAAGACACCCAACUUCCCAAGUUCUGUUCUCUUCAUGAAAGUGUUCUUGCCCAAGGAGGAACUGUACAUGCCUCCGCUGGUGAUCAAGGUCAUCGACCACAGGCAGUUCGGGCGGAAGCCCGUUGUUGGGCAGUGCACCAUCGAUCGUCUGGACCGCUUUCGUUGUGACCCUUAUGCGGGAAAGGAGGGUCUUGUGCCCCAGCUAAAAGAUCCAUAUGCACAUGUCUCCUUCCUCCAUCGAAGCAAAACCACUGAGAUCAUCCACUCGACCCUGAAUCCCACAUGGGACCAGACAAUUAUAUUUGAUGAAAUCGAAAUCUAUGGGGAACCCCAGACAGUUCUACAGAACCCACCCAAAGUUAUCAUCGAACUUUUUGACAAUGACCAAGUGGGCAAAGAUGAAUUUUUAGGACAAAGCAUGUGCUCUCCUCUGCUAAAACUAAACUCAGAAAUGGAUGUCACACCCAAACUUCUCUGGCACCCUGUAAUGAAUGGGGACAAAGCCUGUGGGGAUGUCCUUGUAACUGCAGAGCUGAAUCUAAGGCACAAGGAUGGUUCCAAUCUUCCCAUCCUUCCCUCACAAAGGGCACCAAAUCUAUACAUGGUCCCACAAGGGAUCAGGCCUGUGGUCCAACUCACUGCUAUUGAGAUUCUAGCUUGGGGCUUAAGAAAUAUGAAAAACCACCAGAUGGCUUCUAUCACCUCUCCCAGCCUCAUUGUGGAGUGUGGAGGGGAAAGGGUAGAAUCAGUGGUGAUCAAAAACCUGAAGAAGACACCCAACUUCCCAAGUUCUGUUCUCUUCAUGAAAGUG